UCCAGACUAUUUCUUUUACUUGGCAUGGCAGAUGGUCCAGCUAUGGCCUAUUUGAAUGGAUGGAAUGGUCAUAAUGCAACUUAUGGCUGUUGCCUUCUUUGUGGCCUGCGAGGCCAACAUAAGCCUAAUGGUUCUCACUAUUAUCCAGCUAUUUCUGCACUCUCCGAUUUUCCUCCCAAUGCCUGUAAACAUUCUGAGCCUUGCAAUCAUCCAAGUAUUUCAGUCAACAAUCUUCCAGCCUUUUUGCAGACAAAGUACAACAGUGACUUACAUGCAGUUAUGAAAGCUAUGAAUGAUGCCCAGUACAGGCGAUUUCGGCAGAAUACUGGCAUCAGUAAGCCCAGCAUAUUCAGUGCGAUAACUCAUAUUCUCGGUAUACCCAGCUGCUUUACUGCAGACCUCAUGCAUCUCGGUGCACUCAACCUUACAGACCUGUUUUUU